GUCAGCUCACACCGCCCUUCUCCAGCCGCGCUCCACAACCUGCCUCCCUGGACCAGCCGGGUCCAUCUCCCGGCUGCGGCCACCCCAGCGGAUUCUCCGGGACCCGGGUGCCGUUCCCAGCUGGAUCAGGCAGCCAGGGCAAAGCUCCGAGCGGUCCUGGAAGGGGAGGGGGCAAAGCGAAGCGAGCUGGGGCGAGAGAGGCAGGGAGAGCCUCCGUCUCGGCAGUAAUGAGGGAGAAGCUGUUUAGUCAUCUCUCUAUAUAUACUUUCACAAUGAUGAUCGCAUUUACUGAUUGCUGCUGACUGCGCGUAGAGAGGGAGUCAAGAGGCAGGCAGCACAGCUCACCUUUCAUCCCGAGGAGUGACUGCUCCCCCUUCCUUCCAGUUCCCCACAUUUAGCCCUACUUUUGGGCGCCGGGUGUCUUUCCUUGCCAGAUGGAACUGAUCUGACUUCCAGCAGGUCUCGGGAGCAUCCUGAUUAUCCUCUCCAGUAACAAGGCCUGGGCUCAUCAUGGCAGCAGGAGUAGCAGCGUGGUUGCCCUUUGCCAGGGCGGCUGCCAUAGGAUGGAUGCCAGUGGCCAACUGCCCCAUGCCACUGGCUCCAACGGAGAAAAACAAGAGGCAGGACGAGCUGAUCAUUCUCAAUGUGAGUGGCAGGCGAUUCCAGACCUGGAGGACUACACUGGAGAGAUACCCGGACACUCUCCUGGGCAGCACCGAGAAGGAGUUCUUCUUCAACGAGGACACCAAGGAGUACUUCUUCGACCGGGACCCCGAGGUCUUCAGGUGCAUCCUAAAUUUUUAUAGAACUGGCAAGCUGCACUACCCCAGGUACGAGUGCAUCUCUGCCUACGACGAAGAGCUCGCCUUCUACGGGAUCCUCCCCGAAAUCAUCGGGGACUGCUGCUACGAAGAGUACAAGGACAGGAAGCGGGAAAACGCGGAGCGGCUGAUGGACGACAACGACUCGGAGAACAACCAGGAAGGCUCCAUGCCGUCCCUGAGCUUCCGGCAGACCAUGUGGCGAGCCUUCGAGAACCCCCACACCAGCACCUUAGCCUUAGUCUUUUACUACGUCACCGGUUUCUUUAUCGCCGUCUCUGUGAUCACCAACGUGGUGGAAACUGUGCCCUGCGGCACCGUGCCCGGGAACAAGGAGCUGCCGUGCGGGGAGAGGUACGCCGUGGCUUUCUUCUGCCUGGACACGGCCUGCGUGAUGAUCUUCACCGUCGAGUACCUGUUGAGGCUCUUCGCGGCCCCGAGUCGCUACAGGUUCAUCCGAAGCGUGAUGAGCAUCAUCGACGUGGUGGCCAUCAUGCCCUACUACAUCGGCCUGGUGAUGACCAACAACGAGGACGUCAGCGGGGCCUUCGUCACGCUAAGGGUUUUUAGGGUUUUCAGGAUUUUCAAGUUCUCCCGCCAUUCCCAAGGCCUGAGAAUCUUGGGCUACACCUUGAAGAGCUGUGCCUCCGAGCUUGGCUUUCUCCUCUUUUCCCUCACUAUGGCAAUCAUCAUCUUUGCAACUGUGAUGUUUUACGCAGAGAAAGGGUCCUCGGCGAGCAAAUUCACCAGUAUUCCUGCUUCCUUUUGGUACACUAUUGUAACCAUGACAACACUGGGUUAUGGUGACAUGGUGCCCAAGACAAUCGCUGGGAAGAUCUUUGGCUCCAUUUGCUCCCUGAGCGGGGUGCUGGUCAUUGCUCUGCCCGUUCCAGUCAUCGUUUCCAACUUCAGCCGGAUUUACCACCAGAACCAGCGAGCCGACAAGAGGAGGGCACAGAAGAAAGCCCGGCUCGCCCGGAUCCGCGUGGCCAAGACCGGCAGCUCCAACGCGUACCUGCACAGCAAACGCAACGGCCUCCUCAACGAAGCCCUGGAGCUCACGGGAUCCACCGAAGAGGAACAGCACAUGACUAAAGGCACCUCCUUAAUCGAAAGCCAACACCACCAUCUGCUGCACUGCCUGGAAAAAACAACCGUAAGUACCAACACGAUCCCUCCACCCCGCCCAGGUCUGUGUGCCUGGCACGGGCUUCCCAUGGAUAAAGUGCCCACGGAAUGCUCUGAGGUGGCCCUUGGUCAGGCACACCCAGUACCUGGUGUGUGCCAGAGGGGCUGGUUCUAAAGCUCCUCAUAUUCUAAAGCACUUCUAUUUCCUUGUCUUCUUAAAAUAAUAAAAAUGAUCCCUGUGCAAAGGGAUAAAGGUGGGAUUAUCUGCUGCUCCUCAGUCACCUACACCUGCACAAAGUCAGCAGCAGGUUGCUCAGUCGAGGUCGCCUGAAGGCAAAGAAGUUUUCAGCACAGAAUUAGGGAGGUCCCAGAAUCACAAGUUUCAUUUCUUCGGCGUUUCUGAAAGAGAACUGAACUGCAUUUGUCCUGUACUGUCAGUCACACAUCAUAUCCACCCCUCAUUUGUGCUAAUUAGCAAUAGAGGACAGUUCUGCUGCCUUAAAGAGGAAGAUGCUGGUGGUGACUCCAAACCCCAGCCUGGUCACCAGUGCCAAGAGGCUGGAAAGAAAAUAACCUUUAGCCCAUGAGAUGGCUCAGAGCAGAUGAACUCUGUCAGUGGGUUUAAAGGUUACACAUAUCUUUUCUCAUUUCAGCCUGGUUACAGGGGCAGGUAAUUUAUCUCAAAGCCAGCCAAGCAGUUUCUCCAGCAUGACUUUUCUGUUUGCAUCGUGCAAGGUGUUGGCAGUGAGAGCUUUGUUUUUUAUUAUUAAGUGAUUGUGUAUGCAGAAGUCUCUGGGAACGUUUCAGAUGUUUAUUUUCCAGGUUUAUAUAAAAGGUUCUGCAGAAAAGGAACACAUUAUCUAUCCCAUGAUUCAUUCUAGAGAGAAUGAAGCGAGGUUAACACUUGAAAUAUUCAUGCCUUUUUCUAUCUGCAUCCAUCAUCAAAUGUACUUUUGGCUUUUUUUGACUUGCCAGAGCUUUCUUUUAGAUAAAUCACCUUCACUUCCAUAGUUUGGUUUGUGCUGGAAUAACACCACU